GGCGUCGCGGCCCCCGUGCGCCCGCCGCCAUGGCCUCCCUCCUCGCCAAGGACACCUACCUGCAGGACCUGGCCCGGAAGAUCUGCGCCCAGCCGGGCCCGGAGCCGCCGCGGCGCGGGCGGGUUGGCAAAGUUCGAGGCUCAGAAGCGACUGGGCCUCCAAAAAAGAAAAGGAAGAAAGCACAGAAGAAACCCCAGGAGCGGGAACAGAAGGCUACACAAAAGGCCAAGUCCCUGAAAGAGAAGACUCCAGCUGCUUCUGGAGUCAAGAAACAGGCAGCACCCAGAGAGGAGCCUUCCCCCUUCUCAGGAUCUCCUGCAGGUGACCAAGCCACGGGGUCCGACUCUGUGUUUGCCUUGGAAGUGCUGCGGCAGCGACUGCACCAGAAGAUCCAGGAGGCCCGGGGCCAGGGAGGUGCCCCGGCGCUGUCCGCCGCCGCCCUGGAGAAACGGCAGCGGAGGAGGCAGGAGCGGGAGCGGAAGAAGCGGAAGCGGAAGGAGCUGCGCGCGCAGGAGAAGGCGGCCAAGGCGGCCCAGGUGGAGGCCGCCGCCGAGGCCCCCCGGGAGGCGGCCCCCGAGGAGCCCCAGGAGCCGGGGCUGAUGUUCAACAAGGUGGAGGUGACCGAGGACGAGCCGGCCAGCAAGGCCCAGCGGCGGAGGGAGAAGCGGCAGAAGGUGAAGGGGAACCUGACCCCGCUGACGGGCAGGAACUACCGGCAGCUGCUGGAGCGCCUGCAGGCGCGGCAGGGCCGGCUGGAGGAGCUGCGGGAGCAGGACGCGGGCAAGGCCCAGGAGCUGGAGGCCAAGAUGAAGUGGACCAACCUGCUGUACAAGGCGGAGGGCGUGAAGAUCCGCGACAACGAGCAGCUGCUGCAGGAGGCGCUGAAGCGCAAGGAGAAGCGCCGGGCCCAGCGGCAGCGCCGGUGGGAGAAGCGCUCGGCCCAGGUGGUGGAGAAGAUGCAGCAGCGGCAGGACAAGCGGCGGCAGAACGUGCGCAAGAAGAAGGCGGCCCGGGCCGAGCGCCGCCUGCAGAAGGCCCGCAAGAAGGGCCGGGUGCUGCCCCAGGACCUGGAGCGGGCCGGCCUGGCCUGAGGGGCCCCCGGGGUUCCCGGCCUCGGGUCCCCAUGCGAGGUGAACCCGGCUUUGCCUCUCAGGCUGGCAUGAGGCACCAGAGGGGCUGGUGGUGGCCCCACCAAACCCUGGCAGGGGCCGGUGGCAGCUUCUGCUUCCUCACCUCCCCAGCGGCCAUGUGCAGGAGGAAGAAAGCACCUAGAAACCCCCCUGGGAAGGGCCCGAGCCCACAGGGGUUCGGUGGGCUCCUGCUAUUUGGAAAAGGCCAGAGCGCUGCCCUGGCUCUGCCCGGUCCUCCGCCAUCCCUGCUCCAAACCCAGACCCGGUCACAGCGCCCUCUGCCGGCCAGUCACUGGCGGAGCACCGCAGAGCUUCCUUCAGGGCCCCCUAACCAAGGCCCUGCGACUGACUGACUAUCUGUGUGUGCAGGGGCUGGGCCGGCAGUCCACUGCUAGGGGGUGACGGGUGGGAGGGA